AUGCAGCGUACCUUGCGCCAGUGCACGCAGUUGCUGCUGCUGCUGCAGGGAGUGGGGGCGCGUCACACCACCACCACCACCACCAUGACGACCCACGGCACCGGGUUGAAGUGCCGUGAUGAUAGAAACGAGCUGCAGAUGGAGCGGAGAGCUCGGCGGUGUUUGUCGCUUGCGGUGGAGGGCAGUGUGCUCCGGGAAUGUCGUAGGUUUGCCUCGAUGAUAACACGGCGACGCAGCCGACCCAAGUCUUCACGCGCGGCCUCAUCUGCAGCAGGGACCGCCGCCACACGGCAGCAGCAGAAGCAGCACGAAGAAAAACAACAACAGCAGCAGCAGCUGAAGUCCUCGGCAAUACCAACGGGCAAAUCAGUGAUGAUGACACAGCGGAGGGUGCCGGUGACGACGAAGGAGGGAGAAGAUGCCGUGUCAUCAUUGAGAAUGAGAACGGGAACUAACACCACUAAGACCACCAACGCCACCACGAAUACGACGACUAAUGCGGCCGCUGCCACGUUGCGGAAGGGGGCUUCAACUGCGGCCUUUGUCCAAAACAACAACUAUAUCCCUCAUGAUGUUUCCGCAUCGCUUACGUCCGCGAAACACGAGGGUGGGAAUGUUGCCGCUGCUGAAAUUGGCUCUCUCCUCGACAUUGAGUCCCCUCUAAACCUUCGCCUUGCAACGCUCAUGCAGCAGCCUGGGAAGGCAUUUCGGGCUAUUGCGGUAACUUUUUCCACGAAGCGAGACGUCAACUUUUCACUUGCGUUUGAAGACAUUGCCUCCGGGACGACGCUACAGUGUCGGUUGGAUGAGGUGCGGUCUGUCUAUGUGCCGUGGGUGCGUCAAUUUUGCGCCUCAUGGGUGCUGCUUUUUGUGCCAACGUUAUCAUCCGCCAACGCGGUGCUGUUGGAAAAUGCCGUGCUGUACAAUUUAACCGGUCGCGCGGUUGUCUCAGAGGCAGGGAGAGAAAAGGCGUUUGAGGAACCAGACCACAUCUUCAUCUCCUACUGCAAACUCAGGGAAACACUGUGCAAGGCUAAACGAGAUGAGAACAUAAAUACGGAACUGCUCACUAGCGCUGUACUGAACGCGUAUGCAGAGGACUGGCGAAAUUUUAUCCAUUCACCGGGAUCUUCCUCGCCCAUGGAGAUUUUGAUAGCUGCCUUUCAAUUUCGGGCACAGUCUGGUCAGCCACUACUCAACAAGCAACUACUUCAUGCGCAGCUAGCAGCAGCAGCAACGGCGCUGCAGAAGCCUGGUAAGCGUGGUGUUUCAUCAUCAUCAUCAUCGCGCGGGUCUAGUAACGGUAUAUUGCGGAAGAAAGAGUCUUGGAUGCUUGUUUUUGUUUCUGCCCCUCUGGUGAGUGCAUCCGGAGCAGGAAGCGUUGUGCCGCCCAUGCAGGACCUUUUAACAGGUGAAUUUGUGGAGCCGCUACUUCUUGGGGAGAAGAGUGUCAUUUAUAUCAUUGGCUCCGGCACUGCGGCGGAGUCGUUUGCGCAAUUCCCACUCAUGCGGAAGGGUAAACAAAAGGUUUCAAUUCUUCUUCAGGAUAUAGAGAACCAACUUGGGCUUCGACGACCGAACCGACCGACGCUAACAACGACACUUAUUCAGGCGCUGGAUCUCUUUUCGCGCUACACAUGGAUGGGACUGAUGCAGACGGAAGACGGCUCACUUCGGGUGCCACGGGCAGCACGGAGCUUUACACCACUACAUAGACGCUCUGUUACCUGUGAAAUUAUGCCCACCUUUUUGGAGGCGGCAUUUGGGCAAGCUUCACGCAACUUAGCAGCCGGGAAUGGCACACCGGGAGCAGGUGGCGGGGCUGUGGCCCCUGGAAGGGUGAACCGUCGCCUGGAGGAGCAUAUCAAAGCCAUAUUCAACAACAAUGAACGUCUGACGCUGGAGAAGGCGUGGCGAACCAAGCUGCGUGACUGCAGUUGUUUCUUUAUAGAGGUGAAUUCCGCGAAUGUAAUGGCAGCACGUCGUGCUGAUAAUCCCUUUUCUGCUCGAAAUGGUAUUCUGGAGUUUCAUGGGCAGUUAUGGCGCUCUCUCGAUAACGAAGCCAAAACUCCACCGCCGGUGAAGAAAAUUGCGGCGAAAAUGAUGGCAAACGGUGAUGUGAAGGCGUUUGUCGAGCCCGAGAAUUGUAUUCCUGAAGAACUUCCGACCAGCCGCGAUACGACACGGAAGGAUCAGCCCCUCGCCUCGAACGCCAUCAUUGUUGCGUGGGACGUGAAGCGGGCGCUGCUGUUUUUGCGUGGGAGCAGGAGGCUGCAGCAAUUUCUUCAUAAUGGAGGUCGUAUUUGGUGUGCCCAAUACGCACAGUAUCUCUUGAAGGGGUUUAAUCACGACAACCUGGCAACCAUGGAACGCACCCUCCUGCAAUACCACAUGGGACAGGGCAAACUGGAUUCACUGGAGAAGCUCAAAAUUAUUUUUGAGAAGCAACUUGAUAUUGCCGUGAGCACACGUCAGUUGAUCUCCGUUUUACACCGUAUGGAUGGCCUCUUAGCCGCAACAGAAAUGGAACUUCGUGGGUUACAAAUAUCUUCGCAAGAGGAAGUGACUAAAUUUUCCCAUCACUUAAAAACGUCACAUGAGAAGUUGGAAAAGCUCGUGAAUGAUAAAAUUAUGGAGUUCACCAGAGGUAUGGACGAUGAGGUGCGGAAAAGGAUAAAUUUCCGCUCCCCGCAAGACAUUAGCACAAUCAUCUACGGUGGGGCGCUUUGUCGCCAUUUGGGCGCCAGGUACGUGCCAGUUGAGACUGCAAAAACACCCGUAACGGCACUUUUUCCUCAUGCCGUCUGCCGUGUGACAGGGACGCCUAUUCCAGUAGCAUACACGCAACCUGAAAGCCUCUUAGCACCCAAGGGACCCGGUAGCAAUAGUGGGUCCCGGCGGGGCAAGAUCACCAUCAAAGAGAGUAAAGUCAAGACUGCAUUGGAGGCGAUUGAAGGGUACACGACACGUAAUACUUUAGAGAAUCUACUUCAUUGCACUGCUGUGGUGGUGGUUACGUGUAAAGUACGUCCUGGUAACUUCCUUGAGAUGUUUUUUUUACAUUGCCCUAGCACUGAACCCAACGAUGAACUGAAGUACAGCGUUGCCAUUGAUGAUGUUGUGCCAGUAACUGACGAACCAGAAAUGCUCACCGUGAUGCAGUUGAAAGAAAAGAUUGCCAAAUAUAGGCCACUGCGUGCGCUUCAAUCCUUCAAAAAACACGGCAAGAAGAGUUAUGAUCUUCGCAAUCUGCUCAUUCUUACAAACUGCACCCACGACAAACUUUCCUCUUUGGUCGAUACUGGUAUUGUGCAGACAAUUGCCGAGACGGUUUUGGGGCCAAAUGGCGCGGAUGAAUCUCCUCUUGAGCGUGUAUGUUUUUGUGAUCUGCAGCGAGCAUUGCCACCGCCACCACAGGGCGCGGAUAGUUUUGAGAGCGACUUCUUGGGUCUCGUGGACGUAGCUGAAAAUGCGGGCCUGUCUGCCCGAGGGAAUUGGGAGGCCCUCGCACGGGAGUUUGUCUCCGUGGGUGGAUUCGACGGGGCAUUGAAGGCGUUGGUGUCUCACUGUGCGUCGCUUUUAGGCACUAGCCGAGACCCAUUCCGCAAUACGCAUCCGCUUCCACUUUCAUUGGGGGCCGAACUUCGUGGGCUUCACGGGCAAGAACGGGCUUCCACACGUGGGCUGCUGUGGAUUGUGACCCCAGAAGAACUUCAUCCGCUUUUGCAUCGUUCCCUGCGUGGUCGCAACGCCUCAUCUGGGGCUGACGCCAUCGAACGCAUCACCGUUCUCCUUUCAUCCGACAAGCAGAUUGACCUUUCCUUCUUCAAGGCGCUGCAGCAACUUCGUUUCACGGAGAAGAAGAUGCAACUCUUUGAGGAAGGUGCCUUGUUCCGCGCGGUGCUGCCGGAGUGCAAAGACCGUGUCCAUGGGGAGUUGUGCCACACAGUCACCGCAACCGGUCGUUUGUCUUCACAGUCCCCAAACCUACAAAACAUCCCGAGAGAAGAGGAUUUACGGCGACUUAUCGUCUCCCGAUUUGGUAGACGUGAGGGACGGAUGAUUGAGGCGGAUUACAGUCAGUUGGAAGUGGUGGUGCUGGCGGCACUUAGUCGUGACACUCGUAUGCUGCAGGAACUACACGACAAGGUGGAUUUUCAUUGUUUGCGUGUUUCACUCAUGACAAAAGAACCAUAUGAGAAUGUUGUGCGAAAGGCAAAGCAAGAGAGGGACCCACACUACAUUCAGCUUCGACAACAGGCCAAAACAUUCUCCUUUCAGCGACAGUACGGUGCGGGCAUUGCCACCAUUGCCACCACUACCGGAUUGACGGAACAUGAGGUGGAACGACUCAUAUCGGCAGAGGAGCAACACUACAAGGAUCUGAGUCGUUACUACCGCCUGGUUAUGGACUGCGUUGAGGCGGGUGCGGAUCGGCUACUACGACUGCGUACAUUGGAUGCUGCAACAUGGUCACCCGCCAUGCGGCGCAUGAUUCUGCUAACGGAGCCUCUGCAUUACUUUGUUGUACCUACAGGCAGUAAGUUUGAUUUUGCAAAGGACAAGAAGAGCAUUCCACGACUGAAGAAUUACCCAGUACAGGGACUAGCGGGAGAGAUUGUGCAGAUCAUGUGUGGCAAGAUUGUGCGUCGUUUCUACGAGAAGCGGAACUAUGAUGGAAGGGCGUUUUUGGUAAACACCGUCCAUGACUGUGUGUGGAUUGAUGCCCAUUCAUCUGUCGCCGAUGAGGUUAUGCAUGAUGUAUCGGAGAUUAUGUCUUCCACAUCAAAGGUGAUGAGCAGCCUUUGGCCCGAUGUGAAGCUGGAUGUCCCAUUUAACGCGGAUGUUCAUAUUGGACCUUCAUUGGGAGAAUUCUCAAAAUGA